CCGCUGGCGGGACGACGGGCCAAGCAAGCAAGCACGCAGUCACGGUCGAAACCAGCGGACGACUACUAGACGAGGAGGAGGAGGAGGGAAACUGAAACUGAAAACUAGCGGCGGCCGGAGAAAGAGAGCUGCGUUGCGCCGCUGGUCUCCAUCCAUCGAUUUGUUUUGUUGGCUUCUUCGCAUGUGAUUCCGCCAGUAGGAGUGUUGCUUAUCUACCCCUCCUCCUCGGCUCCUCCACAACGUCCAGAUCAUCAGAGCCAGAGGUUCGUCGUCCUUGCGCAGCAGAUCGAGAGGCUGAGGGGAGAGGGAUCCAUGGAGCUGGGAAAGCCCCUUUCGGCGCACAGAUGUAGCUACACCGCUACCUACACCCACUGUUCCAUAGGCUUCUCCCCUCGGGUCGUCCGUACCAGCUGGAUCCGCGCGGCGGCUGAGGGCGGCGACGGCGGGGCAGACCGGCGACGGAGAGGUGCCAGCUUCGCCGCCGAUGGGCCCAGGGUCGUCGAGGUCGCCGCUGCCCCGGUGGCUACUAGCGGAGGCGCCGCCGGAGCAGCCGGGAGCGCGGGGUUCGGAGCACGGGACGCGGAACUCGCCAUGUGGGACAAGCUCGGGGCGGUCGUCAGGCUCAGCUAUGGCAUUGGGAUCUACGGGGCCAUGGCACUCGCCGGGAGAUUCAUAUGCCAAAUGGCCGGGAUAGACUGCACGGGGGGCUUCCAUCCGUCUCUCACGGCACUCGUCGAGGGUCUUGGCUAUGCAGCUCCACCAAUCAUGGCUCUGCUCUUCAUCCUCGAUGAUGAAGUUGUCAAGUAUUCGCCUCACGCGCGUGCCAUCCGUGAUGUGGAGGAUGAGGAGCUUCGCAGCUUCUUCUGUGGCAUGUCACCAUGGCAGUUCAUCCUCAUCGUGGCUGCUAGCUCAAUUGGCGAGGAGCUGUUCUACCGCGCCGCCAUUCAGGGAGCAUUGGCCGAUAUUUUCCUGAGAAGCACGGAGCUAAUGAAGGAUGCUCGAGGGAUUGCAUCACUGAGUGGUAUCGUUCCUCCUCUGGUUCCAUUCGCUCAGACGUUCGCGGCAGUCAUCACUGCAGCCCUCACAGGAACCCUCUACUACGUCGCCACAACUCCGAAAGACCCUACGUAUGUGGUGACACCAGCGAUGCGUUCGCGCACAGGGCGUGAGAACCUCAAGAAACUAUUUGCAGCUUGGUACGAGAGGAGGCAAAUGAGGAAGAUAUACUCGCCGCUUCUGGAAGGAAUCUUGGCUUUCUACCUUGGCUUCGAAUGGAUCCAGACCGACAAUAUCCUGGCACCUAUGAUCACCCACGGCAUAUACUCCACCGUUGUUCUUGGCCAUGGGCUCUGGAAGAUCCACGACCACCGGAGAAGGCUACGGCAGCGGAUUCAGAAGGUCAGGAGUGAAGGGAGUAGCUCUGCAGACGACACAUUGUAACUGCAGCAUAUGUAGAUCGGCGUGGUCUACUGCUGGAUAGCUAGCUGCUGAUUGCACGCACGUACUGGGUGAUCGAUCGAUCUACCGAUCAGUCAGAAGACCAGAGGCGUACGUCUCACAAGUUUUGAUCUACUUAAUUAAUAUCAACAAGGUAGGUAUAAGAUUGGGCAAAAAUAUAUAUAUAAUGCAUGUAGUCAUGUAAUGUAGAUACAAUGUGUACAUAUAUGGAUAAAUAUAUGCAGGCUGUAAUCAAUAUAGGAAGUAUAUAGUGUACGAUUGCGACAUCCAAGUAUGUUAUAAUCCUAGUAUCACGUAUGCAUGCAAGGAAUAUACCAGCCACAUCCUUUCUUUCU